AUGGACUAUGUGGAGGAUGAGAUUAAGCACUUGCAAUAUCGCAUGAUGUUGAAGCAAGAACUUCAAUCUGUUGACAUAGCUAAUGACUCUAAUCAAGCCCAGACAUCUGAUGGCUCUGAGAGCAAAAGGUCAUCCUUUUUCAAAUUUAACCAGCCAUCAAGUGUCAAAAGGUCUGAGGUGGACAUCUACCUGGAUGCACAGACCAAUAAUGACUUCACGGAGUACAUAGUCUUACAAAAACUGACAAAGCUGUUUGUCAAAUACAACACAGCACUCCCUUCGAGCGCUCCACCUUAUGAUGGACCGGGUAACCUGUCAAAGGCCCAAUGUCAGCUGGAUUUGGCCUCAGCUCACCCUGUGCCCAUAGAAGUUCUAACAGGCCAGUGGAAAUACAGCAUUGAUGUCGUAGUGAAUGUCUCUGAUGUACAAACCUUUGAGCUGAUUCGCUCGUCCUUGAAUGCUACUGAUCUUCCCAUACGAAUCGAUAACCAAACGGAGAUCUCGGACAUUAGUAUCACAAUUGUGUGUUCGUCAACUGACUCUGGCUUCCAGUGCAGAUGUGAGGAACAGUUUGCUUGGCCGUACAGCACCUGUGUCACAUACGGUGCCUGCGAACGCACAUGGAGCAGCAUUUGUAAAUGCAUCAAUGCUAUUCCACCAGGCAACCACUCCUGUCAGCCGAUAUCAGUGCUGCUAACUCAGGUCGAGUACGACGUGGAGGUGGAGCUGAACGUGACAGAUGUUGCGACAGUGGACUACCUCAGGAUCCUAUUGAACAACAACAGCUUCUCCUUCGCCCUGGGUCCCAUUGUGAAUGUCACAAACAUCGACAUCAACACAGUUUGUUACCUAAAUGGCAGCAACUUCCAGUGCAGAUGUGAGGACCAGUACGUCUGGUCUUCUACGGACUGUGCUACAUACGGAGCCUGUGAUGAGAUCACGAAUGACACGUGCAGCUGUAUCAACAGUAUUCCAUCCAAUGGGCAGUACUGCCAGCCAAAGACAGCUUCUCCAGUUGUCUAUGAAUAUAUUAUCACAAUUGAGCUGAACACCACAGAUGUUACAGAGAUAGACCGACUGAGAAACAUCAGCUACCCAGUCAGCAUCAGCAACAACACACAAGUCUCUAACAUGAACAUCUCUACAGUUUGCUCUCCAAGCAGCAGUGGUUACCAGUGCAGAUGUGAGGAUCAGUAUCGUUGGUCAUGUGACCAGUGUUUCAUGUAUGGAUACUGUGACAACAUCACCUCCGACACAUGUGGAUGCAUCAAUGCCAUCCCUGCUGAUGGACAGCAUUGUCAGCCUGUUGACAAACACAACUUUACAUUUUGUCCAGUUCUGACGACCAGUCCAUCACCAACAAUUGUCUAUGAAUAUAUUAUCACAAUUGAGCUGAACACCACAGAUGUUACAGAGAUAGACCGACUGAGAAACAUCAGCUACCCAGUCAGCUUCAGCAACAACACACAAGUCUCUGGCAUGAACAUCUCUACAGUUUGCUCUCCAAGCAGCAGUGGUUACCAGUGCAGAUGUGAGGAUCAGUAUCGUUGGUCAUGUGACCAGUGUUUCAUGUAUGGAUCCUGUGACAACAUCACCUCCGACACAUGUGGAUGCAUCAAUGCCAUCCCUGCUGAUGGACAGCAUUGUCAGCCUGUUGACAAACACAACUUUACAUUUUGUCCAGUUCUGACGACCACUCCAUCAACAACAAGUAAGACUGAGGAAACAACAAAAAUCAGAAACAUAAUAUUUUGCUCUCCAAGCAGCAGUGGUUACCAGUGCAGAUGUGAGGAUCAGUAUCGUUGGUCAUGUGACCAGUGUUUCAUGUAUGGAUCCUGUGACAUCACCUCCGACACAUGUGGAUGCAUCAAUGCCAUCCCUGCUGAUGGACAACAAUGUCAGCCUGUUGACCAAUACAACUUUACAUUUUGUCCAGUUCUGACGACCACUCCAUCACCAACAAUUGUCUAUGAAUAUAUUAUCACAAUUGAGCUGAACACCACAGAUGUUACAGAGAUAGACCGACUGAGAAACAUCAGCUACCCAGUCAGCCUCACCAACAACACACAAGUCUCUGGCAUGAACAUCUCUACAGUUUGCUCUCCGAGCAGCAGUGGUUACCAGUGCAGAUGUGAGGAUCAGUAUCGUUGGUCAUGUGACCAGUGUUUCAUGUAUAGAUCCUGUGACAACAUCACCUCCAACACAUGUGGAUGCAUCAAUGCCAUCCCUGCUGAUGGACAGCAUUGUCAGCCACUGACAGGUACUUAUGCCACCAGCCAAAACACCACAAUUAGCUUAGCAACAUCAGACGUUCCACCCACAACCAUUAUAACAAAUACUAGUAACACAGCUACUACUAAUGUCCCCACCAAGACCCCCACCACAACUACGGCUGCUACCACGACCACUACCCCUACCAAGACCGCUACAACGAUUAUUACCAAAGCUACGACUACGAUUGCUACCACUUACACUCCCAACCCCCCCACCACAACUAUGGUUGCUAACUUGACCACGGCUACCAACACUGGUACGAUUGCUACCACUAACACUACCCCCACCACAAAUAUGACCACUACCCCCACCCCGACUACGGCUGCAACCACGACCACUACCCCUCCUACAAUUGUUACCAUGGCAACCUCGACUACCAUUGCUACCACUAAAGCUACCUCCAACCCCACCACAAGUAUAGCUGCUACCACGAACACUACCCCUACCACGAUUGUUACCACGGCUACCCCGGCUAUCACUACGACUACGAUUGCAACCACUAACACCACCACCACCCCAACCACAACUACAGCUGCUACCUUGACCACGGCUACUAACACGACAAUGAUUGCUACCACAACCACUACCCCCACCCCAACUACGGGUGCUACCACGACCAUUACACCUACUACGAUUGUUACCAUGGCAACCCCGACUACAAUUGCUACCACUAAAGCUACCUCCAACCCGUCCACAACUAUAGCUGCUACCACGAACACUACCCCUACCACGAUUGUAACCACGGCUACCCCGGCUAUCACUACGACUACGAUAGCAACUAGUAACACUAUCAACCUCCCCCCCACAACUACGACUGCUACCCUGACCAAGGCUACCAACACGACUAUGAUUGCUACAACUAACACUACCCUCACCCCAACUACGGCUGCUACCACGACCAAUACCCCUACCACAACCGCUACUGCGAUUGCUACCACGGCUACCCCCAUGACAACUGUUGCUAUCACUAAAACUACCUCCACCACGAUAACAACUAAUGCUAAUACCACAACCCCUAGCACGAUUGUUACCACGGCUACCCCGGCUACCACCACAACUACGAUUGCUACCACUAUCACCACCACAACCCCAACCACAACUACAGCUGCUACCUUGACCACGGCUACCAACACGACUACUAUUGCUACCACUAAAACUACGCCCACCCCGAUCACAACUAAUGCUGCUACCACAACCACUACCCCUACAACAACCGCUACUGUGAUUGAUACCAUGGCUACCCAGACUACCACCACGACCACCACCGCAACCACAACUACAGGUGCUACCUUGACCACCACUACCAACACGACUACAGUUGCUUCAACUAACACUACCCCCACCACAACUACUGCUGUUACCAAGACAACUACCCCUCCUACGAUUGUUACCACUACUACCCCGGCCACCACCUCGACUACAAUUGCUACCUCUAACACUACCCCCACCCCUAUUACAGCUGCUGCCACUAACACUACCCCCACCACAACUACUGCUGCUACCAAGACCACUACCCCUACCACGAUUAUUACCACGACUACCUCGGCUAUCACCACGACUACGAUUGCAACCAGUAACACUAUCAACCCCCCCACCACAACUACGGCUGCUACCUUGACCACGGCUACCGACACGACUAUGAUUGCUACAACUAACACUACCCCCACCCCAACUAUGACUGCUACCAAGACCAAUACCCCUACUACAACCGCUAAUGCGAUUGCUACCACGGCUACCCCCAUAACUACGGUUGCUACCACUAACACUACCACCACCCCGACGACAACUACGGCUGCUACCUUGACCACAGCUACCAACAGGACUACGAUUGCUUCCACUAAAACUACCCCCAACCCCAUCACAACUACGACUGAUACCACGGCUACAUCCACGACUACGAUUGCCACCACUGACACUGCCACCCCCCCCACUACAACUACGGCUGCUACCAACACGACUACGAUUGCUACCACUGACACUAACACAAACCCCAACUCCACCACAACUACGGUUGCUUCCACUAACACUACCCCCACCCCCAUUACAGCUGCUGCCACUACCACUACCCCUACCGCUACUACGAUUGUUACCACGGCUACCCCGGCUACCACCACGACUACGAUUGCUACCACUUACACUACCACCACCCCAAGCACAACUACAGCUGCUACCUUGACCACGGCUACCAACACGACUAUGAUUGCGACAACUAACACUACCCCCACCCCCGCCACAACUACGGCUGCUACCUUGACCACGGCUACCAACAUGACCAUGAUUGCUACAACUAACACUACCCCCAAAUCCACCACAACUACAGCUGCUACGAAGACCACUACCCCUACCACGAUUGUUACCACGGCUACCCCGGCUACCACCACGACUACGAUUGCUACCACUAACACUACCAACCCCCCCACUACAACUACCACUGCUACCUUGACCCCCGCUACAAACAAGACUACGUUUGCUACCACUAACACUACCCCCAAAUCCACCACAACUACGGCUGCUACCACAACCACUACCCCCACUACGAUUGUUACCACGGCUACCCCGGCCACCACCACGACUACAAUUGCUACCACUAACACUACCAACCCCCUGACCAUAACUACAGAUGCUACCUUGACCACGGCUACCAACACGACUACGAUUGCUACCACUGACACUAACACUACCCCCAACUCCGCCACAACUACGGCUGCUACCAAGACCACUACUCCUACCACGAUUGCUACAACGGCCAGCACGGCUACCACCAGGACUACGAUUGCUACCACUAACACUACCCCCACCCCCAUUACAGCUGCUGCCACAACCACUACCCUUACCACGACCGCUACUACGAUUGUUACCACGGCUACCCCGGCUACCACCACGACUAUGAUUGCUACCACUAACACUACCACCACCCCAACCACAACAACGGCUGCUAUCUUGACGACGGCUACCAACACGACUAUGAUUGCGACAACUAACACUACCCCGACCCCUGCCACAACUACGGAUGCUACCUUGACCUCGGCUACCAACACGACCAUGAUUGCUACAACUAACACUACCCCCAAAUCCACCACAACUACAGCUGCUACCAAGACCACUACCCCUACCACGAUUGUUACCACAGCUACCCCGGCUACCACCACGACUACGACUGCUACCACUAACACUACAGACCCCCCCACUACCAAUACUUCUGCUACCUUGACCUCCGCUACCAACACGACUACGUUUGCUACCACUAACACUACCCUCAAAUCCACCACAACUACGGCUGCUACCACAACCACUUCCCCCACUACAAAUGUUACCACGGCUACCAAGGCCACCACCACGACUACAAUUGCUACCACUAACACUACAAACCCCCUGACCACAACUACAGAUGCUACCUUGACCACGGCUACCAACACCACUACAAUUGCUACCACUCACACUACCCCCAACCCCACCAAAACUAAGGCUGCUACCUUGACCAUGGCUACCAACGCGACUAUGAUUGCUACAACUAACACUACCCCCACCACAACUACGACUGCUACCAAGACCAAUACCCCUACCACAACCGCUAAUGCGAUUGCUACAACGGCCACCCCCAUGAAUACGGCUGCUACCACUAACACUACCACCACCCCGACGACAACUACGGCUACUACCUUGACCACGGCUACCAACACCACUACGAUUGCUACCACUAAAACUACCCCCAACCCCAUCACAACUACGACUGAUACCACGGCUACCCCGGCUACAACCACGACUACGAUUGCUACCACUGCCAUUAACACUACCCCCACCUCCACCACAACUACGGCUGCUACCAAGACCACUACCCCUACCACGACCACUACUACGAUUGCUACAACGGCCACCACGGCUACCACCAGGACUACGAUUGCUACCACUAACACUACCCCCACCCCCAUUACAGCUGCUGCCACGACUACUACCCCUACCACGACCGCUACUACGAUUGUUACCACGGCUACCCCGGCUACCACCACGACUACGAUUGCUACCACUAACAGUACCACCAUCCCAACCACAACUACGGCUGCGAUCUUGACGACGGCUUUCAAUAUGGAAAUGGUAAUGAGAUUAGACAUGGAUUACACAUCAGAAUUAAGUGACACAUCAAGUACCGUGUACAAAGAUUUGAAGUCAAAGAUUGAUCCAGUGAUAGUUGAGCAGUUUAAAGGAAUACCAGGAUAUAGAGGAGGUUUUGUGACAGUAUUCAGCAAAGGAAGCAUUAUUACAAAAUUUGUUGUACAGACGACACAAGUGGACUUUGAUAAAAUCUUGGUCGAAAAUCAAAAACUCCCUGAAGCAAUAAAAAAUAGUGGGAUUGCUCCUGUCAUUGGCGCAGUUUCUGCAUUUUACCAAAGUUCAACUUCGAUCAGCAUUCCAGAGCUCACUUACACUGGUGCCAGCCUGUCCCUGAAGUGUGAGCCUCCAGAAAGCUUUAGCGUGGGACUAAUUUCCAGUUCCAGAUGGACAUUUAAUGGACGGGAAAUUAAACAUGGUGGAAGGUUUAAUAUAAUCACUACCAAUUCUAUGUCUAUGCUUGAAGUUAAAGACGUCAUUCCUGGUGAUAGUGGACCUUACAGUUGUACUCUGAGCAAAAACGACCUGGAAUUCCAGCAAAAAGGAUUUGUAACGGAAAGCAAAAUCAAAGAAGCUCCUGUAGUGCGUCUCAAGAGUGAAUUUCAUGUAAAAUGCUUAACUGGAAAGAUACAACCACUUAAGUGUUGUGUGCAACGUCCCUACAAAAUCAAGUGGUUUCAAGGCAAAGACCCAUUGAGCUCAGUUCCUAUUACCGAUGAAGACACCAACUGCAUCAAGCAUGAUUACAAAUUAGAAAGCUGCAGCGGAUCAGGGGAAGAUCAAGUCAUUUUUACAUGCAGGGUAGAAAACCCAUCAAGUUAUGAAAUGAAAUCGACAAUGACGAUCUUCAAAGAGAAUUUCAGAUGCAAUGACGCUCAGUAUGGGACCGGCCGAGUAGGAGACCGAUCAAGCAUUGAGUGUGAUAUAGGUCAAGUAGGAAAAAGGCUGGCGGAAUGUCAGGAAACGGGCGAGUGGAAACUGGUCGUAGACACCUGCAUUGUUAUAGAAAUCAAUGAAUUACUGAUUGAGUCACAGACUUUGGUUGUGGAGGGAGUGCCAGAAUUUGUAGGGAAUCUAAGUAAAGCUGUCCAGAAAGAAAGACAGGACAUUGAAAAUUCAACUGCAACCAUAUCAGCCAUCGUUGACAUCCUAAACACUCUUGCAAAUGUUUCAACUACUGUUGAUGAAACCAUAAUGCAGAAUAUCCUAGAGACUGUUGAUGUCAUCAUAGGUGAAGGAUCAAGAGAGUCUUGGGUAAUUAUAAAUGCAAAUGAAACCAGCAAUUCCAGCUCGAAAUUAUUGGGUUCGUUGGAGAGCCUCUCCAGUGAUUUGGACGGAGAGUUUUCCGUGAGGACUCCAAGGAUCCUGCUAAACAGAACAAAGUUUGAUGACACCUUCAUGGCAGACCUGAACUCCAGCAUCGUCCUAAACAUUACACAAAACAGCAUGAGCAAUGUUUUUAUUACCACCAUCCUCCUCUCAACCCUUAAUAUUGUUAUGCCGACCCGAAACUCAACCUUUAACGUCAGCCCCUUCAAUACCACCAGUAAUGAAACUGCCAGUGAUAAUGCCAUCAAUGCAGCCGUGUUGCUUGUCAAAAUAAAUGCCACAGUUCAGAAUGUCCUUCUGAGCUACGACAAGCUGAACAGCUCCUUGACAAUGAACCCGCAGUGCGUCUUCUGGAACUUCACACUUUUUGAUAAUAUUGGUGCUUGGGAUGAUGAGGGAUGUACGUUUGUUUCCGACAUAAACAACAUAGUAACCUGCAGCUGUAACCACCUCACCUCCUUCUCAAUUCUGAUGGCAACAGACAUCCCUCCAUCUCUAAGAAAAGCCUUGGAUAUAAUCACUUAUGUUGGAGUUGGAAUAUCUCUGGCAAGCUUGGUUAUAUGUCUAGUUAUUGAAGGGUAUGUUUGGAAAGCCAUUACCAGGAAUAGCACUGCCUUCAUGCGUCACGUUUCCAUCGUAAAUACAGCCCUGUCUCUGUUGAUCGCUGAUAUCUGUUUCAUCAUUGGUGCCUCUAUAGCAAACAAUCCCCUUGAAAACCCAGGGGGGGACUACGAACUUCCUCUUGGACCAUGUAGCACUGCAACAUUUUUUAUGCAUUUUUUCUACCUUGCUCUAUUCUUUUGGAUGCUCGUGUCAGGCCUUUUGCUCUUUUACAGGACGGUCAUGGUCUUCUCGUACAUGUCCAAGUCAAUCAUGUUGGCCAUUGGUUUCUGUUUAGGAUACGGCUGUCCUCUGAUUAUAGCUGUUAUUACUGUUGCUGUCACAGCACCGGGGAAUGGAUACAUCAGGAAAUCCGAGGCUUGUUGGCUGAACUGGUUUGAGACAAAAGCCCUCCUGGCCAUGGUGAUACCGGCCUUGACCAUAGUUUUCAUCAAUAUUUUAAUUGUAAUUUGGGUCUUAUACAAAAUGCUGAAAAGAGGUGUGGGAGACGCUGCACAAUCAGAUGAAAAACACACGCUGGUGGUCAUAACAAGGUGUCUGGUCAUUUUGACUCCUUUAUUUGGAUUGACCUGGGGUCUGGGUGUGGGAACCAUGGUACCAUCAACAAAUGAAGCAAUCCAUAUUGCCUUUGCAUUCUUCAAUUCACUACAGGGUUUCUUCAUUUUAUUGUUUGGGGUACUUCUCGAUUCAAAGACGCGAUCUCUCCUCGGAAGGAAAUCACCUCGAACAAGCACUGGCUCUAAUUCUACGAGGAGUACAGGUGCUGGCAUUUCCUCCUUGAGUGGAAACAAUUUUAUAGGCAGACUACUUGGAAGAAGAUAUGUCUACCACGUUUCACAAGCUACAAACCCAAACAGCAGUGGUGCAGCGGAGUCAUUUAGUAAUAUAUGAAUCAAUGGAACAAGCUGUAGAAGAAAGACACUGUGCUCCGGCAGGUGCGUCUGGACCCAUGCGACCUACAGCCCAUCUUUGAC